CGUUGCCAUGGACACACUGCUACAACAACGUGAUCCGUGACACUAAAUCGAACGCCCGAACCAAUACUUGUUUGUUUUUUUAUUAUUGCGUGCUCAUGUUAUCGUUAAAUAUGUCACCACCAACGGAUAUUAAAUUUCCACCUUUAACACCGUCACAAAGAGUUACAAAUGACAGACCGGCACAGCAUCAACUCGUUAAAUUCUCAGAACAAGGACAAGAGGCUUUACCUGUACGACCAACAACCAGACAGUUGCGCUGGACAGAGAGUAAUCACAUUUAUGCAGCUCCAGGGAGAAAGCCUCAACUCCUGGUGCAUCUGGAGAACUCUGUGCAGAAGCAGCUACAAACUAUAAAUCCCUGUGAGCCAAAUUAUGAAGUGUUGAAACUACAGGUCUAUCGCAGAGUCUUUGGUAUUUUUAUCAAAGAGUUCAAGACUUACCAACCCCUUCUGUCUGCCAUCAAAAAGGAAUAUGAAAACACUUUAGCUUGUCAGCAGGAUCGAAUUCGGGAGCUGGAACCAUUGAAAUCUCAUUUAAGGCUGGUGACAGAGGAAUGUGACAAAAAGAUUCAAGUUCGCUGGGAAGAGGAGCAGGCUGAGAUUGGUGCCUUGAAAAGGGAGAAGCAGCAACUGCAGGGGGAGGUUGAGGCCAUGAGGGAGAAAGAAAAGACCAUGCAGGCAGUGAUUAAACAUCUGCAGUCUGAACUGUCUAAGCAGUAUUUGCAGUACAGGGAGGAGUGCGACGCACGCAAGUUGCUAAUUUGGCAGCUCAGUGACCAGACAAGAAGCUCUGUGAAGCAGGAACAUGCUGCCUAUGGAGAUGAGGAUAAGGACCCUGUGGAGCUGCAGCUCGCUUUGAAGAUGUGCCGGCAAGACUUGACUAAAGUGCAGGAGGAGCUCAACAGGAUGAAGGCAGAGUACUGGGAUGUUGUGCCUCGACGGAACUGGGACAUCCUAGAACAAAACCACAAACAGACACUUCUGCAGUUGAAGACACUACAGGGUCAAUUUGACCAGGUGAAGAGUGAAUAUGACACCCUGCUAGAGAUCCAUACCUCCUUGCAGGCUGUUCAGACGGCAGAGUGUAUGUCUCAAGGACAAAGCCAGAUGCAAACCAACCAAGGAAAAGAGAUGAUCAGCUCUGGUUGCACUGCGAGUGGAACACCCACUGCUCAGGACUUUAGAACAGCAUUCUCUCUGAAUUCAGAUGAGGAAAUAUAUGAGCCUGUGGCUCAAAAUGAACCUGACAGCAGCGAUAAUGCCAUCUCACCCCAAAGACUGCGCAGCCCGUUUGCUGAACAUCAUGUAGCAGACUUAUCUUCGACACCUGACGAACCAGAAGGAAAUGCUGCAGCACUUCAUGUUACAGCCAGCAGCUAGGACAAUGUUGUUGGGUUUUUUUGUCAUUUAAGAAACCUUGUGACUUCAAAUUACCUGUUUGCAUCAGUGUGAAUGGUUGCUAGUGUGGCACUGUGAUGGACUGGUGUCCUGUCUAAAGUGAACCACAAUAAUAGUUGCCAAUAACAGCUAGGAUAGGCUCCAGCUCCCCCAAAAACAUUACAAAGACAAGUUCGGUAUUAGAUAUUUUGGAAUAACCUUCCUAGGAUGUACAGGAUGUAUGUAGCAUUAAUCAUACCUUCCUGUCACAUUAUGGGGCAAGCACAACUCACAAUCAAGUGAGUGAUCAAGUGUUACUGUGGGUAAAAUUAUUGCCAAAUUCAACUCAAUAAAUACAAAGAACUAUAAUUGUUUGUUUGUUCUGUAGGAUAUACUGUAUAAAUGUGUUGUGAGUAACCCUGUAAACAGAAAGUAAUUAGCUUACUAUACUCACCAACAUUAUAGUGUUGACUAUAGUCAACAUUCAAAAAUUGUGACAAACAUUUUGAAUACAUUUUGUACUUCA